AUGGUCGUCGCGAGAAAUCGGCUCACGAUUAAUGAGAACGAAGCUGCUGGAAAACCACUGGGCAUUUGCGGUGGCGGAGGUGGCGGAUUUUAUGGCGAUGGGCCCAGCAGUAGAUAUGGUGGAGGAAAAGCAUUUGUGAAUGGGGGAGAAGGAGGCGAUGGUUAUAGCGUUUUUGAUGGAGGAUUUGGCGGGGGAGGAGGUGGAGGAGGAGGACAAAAUGGAGCAGGGGGAUUUCAAGGAGGAGGAGGAGGAGGAUAUUCUGGAGGAGCACCUGGCGUAGCCUUGGACAACUCUUGUGGAGGAGGAGGUGGAUCUUUCAAUAAUGGAAGGAAUCAACUGAAUAAAGGAGGAUAUCCUGGUGGUAUCCAUGGUUUUGUUGAGAUAAAACUUUUGAUUUAA